AUGGCCUUUCUUGUGCUGCUCAUCGUCGCGAGCUUCGCUGCCAGCGCGACGGCGGCCCUGGAGGCGGAGCCGGCGUGCUCGCCCUCCCUCUGCGGCGCCGUCGAGGUCCGGUACCCGUUUUGGCUGGACGGCGGCGGCGGCGGCAACGUUUGCGGGUACCCAAGCCUCAGGCUUGAGUGCCGCGGCGGCACGCCCGUGCUCCGGCUGCCCUCAGGCGACUACAGGGUACACCGAAUCAGCUACGGCGACAACGGCGACGACGGCACAUUCACUCUGCACGAUUCCAUCGUCCACAACAGCAGAUGCCCGCUCGUCGUCGGAAGGAAUCUGACUUUGCCCGAGGGCUCGCCGCCGCCGUUCUCCCUCACCGGCAACGACAUGAACGUGACAUUCUACCUCAGAUGCCCCUUCAACGCAUCUCCUUCGCACAUGGUGGCUUGCCUGGAGGAGGCCGAUGGCGUGCACCACACGUACGCGUUCCGGGACGGUGACUACCUUCUUCCGUACGAGUUCAACAGCCUCUGCCAGGACGUCGUGGGGAUGCCGGUGCUCAGGUCGUCGCUGGGGGGAAGCAGGUGGAUCUACCGCGUUUUCCGGGCUCUGUGGAGAGGCUUCGAACUGAGGUGGACGCGGGCGCUGGAAGGGAGGUGCAGAGACUGCGAGAACUCCGGUGGCCUCUGCGGCCACCUUGGCGAGGCGCCGGACCAGUUCACAUGCUUUACGGCGCCUGCUGCCCCUGCCCCUGCACUGCUACUGAGCCUUUGA